GUCAAUAUGGGUUAACCCAUUAGGAUGGGCGGGUGGUUGUCAAGGUUUUGUGUGUGUCUAGGGUUCGAAAUUUUCUCAAAGUCGCCGAGCAACGUUCUCUUCUUCCCUUCCGACUCGCCAUUGAAUCAACCUUCAGCAUCAUUGACGACCCUUCUCCCCUCCAAAUCUCCUUUUGAACGAAUCAAAUUUGAAUAUCUCAACCAAUAUCAUAAAGGUGGUAACCAAUCAGGUGGUAUUCAUCAAUAUUCACAGGGUUGGGGUUGAUUGAUCAAAGAUCAUGUGUUUCCGGCAUUGUAAUUUACCCAGAUAUAUUCCCGUAUAUAUGAUUUGAUCCAACCCCCUCAAUCCAUCCACUUCACCCAUUUAAAAAGAAGAGGAGGUGCGUGCAAGAAUUGAAAGAUGAAAGUAGAAGUGUAGAACCCCAAGUCCCAACAGCGUUUUAUUGUGUACUUUGAUUCAUUGGAGAAUCUGUUGGUUCAGAUUGAAGAAUCAUAUGGAACGAUGUUUUACUCAGAGUAACUAUAAUCCUGUACAGGAACUCUCAUAACACGAAAUUUCCCUGAUUUAUUCUUCAAAGAAUGCCGAACCUGUGAAUGUGGUGUAUCAGAAGUAGCAUUUACCAUGCUUAUUGCUGAUWGUUCCAUCCAGAAAACCCACUACGACAUACUGUCAGUGAAGGAAGAUGCUAGUUAUGAAGAGAUCCGUGCAAGCUACAGGUCUGCUAUCCUAAGUGCCCAUCCAGAUAAAUUGCGAAGGAUAUCUGAGAUAUCUGAUCCUGACCAUGAGUCACAAGAAAGAUUUCUAAAUAUACAGAAGGCUUGGGAAGUCCUUAGCAAUUCAAAGUCCCGUGCAGCUUAUGAUUGUGAGCUACGGGCUUCAAGACGGGAUGUGAUAACUGCAGAAGAUGUCAGGUUGGACAAAAUGAUUGUGGAAGAUGUUGGCGAAGUUUUAGAGCUCUUUCACCAAUGCAGGUGUGGUGAUUAUUUCUCAGUUGAUUCUUCAGAGCUAAGGGAGAUGGGAUAUUCAUUGGAGAAGAAUGAAAAUAAGAUACUAUUACGGACCCCAGAUGGGAUCCGGUCAUCCAUUAUACUUCCUUGUGGGUCUUGUUCUCUGAAAAUCCGCCUGAUAAUUGAUGCAGAUUUGAGUUUUUCCAAUUGAUUAUUAUCUGUUUCGUUGUUCUGGUUACUUCAACUUGAUGGAUCUAUAAAUAACCAAUUGGGAUCAUUUUUUAGUCUCCAUUCA